GCUCUGUGCGUCAGAGGCUUGUUUCGGGGACUGCUGUUGUGGUUCCUGGUGUCGGCUAUGGCGGAGGCGAUGGAUUUGGGCAAAGACCCCAACGGGCCCACCCAUUCCUCGACUCUGUUCGUGAGGGAAGAUGGCAGUUCCAUGUCCUUCUACGUGCGUCCUAGCCCGGCGAAGCGUCGGCUGUCGACGCUCAUCCUGCACGGCGGCGGCACCCUAUGUCGGGUGCAGGAGUCUGGGGCCGUCCUGCUGGCCCAGCCCGGGGAGGCGGCGGCCGAGGCCUCGGGCGACUUCAUUUCCACGCAGUACAUCCUGGACUGCAAAAAAAAACCACAGAAUAAGAGAACUCCAGACUUACCUGAAGAAGAAUAUGUAAAGGAAGAGAUCAAGGAGAAUGAAGAAGCAGUCAAAAAGAUGCUUGUAGAAGCCACCCGGGAGUUUGAGGAGAUUGUGGUUGACGAGAGCCCCGAUUUUGAAAUACACAUAACAAUGUGUGAUGAUGAUCCACCUACACCCGAGGAAGACUCUGAGACACAGCCUGAUGAGGAUGAGGAAGAAGAAGAAGAAGAAAAAGUUUCUCCACCAGAGGUGGGAGCUGCCAUUAAGAUCAUCAGGCAGUUAAUGGAAAAGUUUAACUUGGAUCUGUCAACAGUUACACAGGCAUUCCUAAAAAAUAGUGGUGAGUUGGAGGCUACUUCCUCCUUUUUAGAGUCCGGUCAGAGGGCUGAUGGGUAUCCCAUUUGGUCCCGACAGGAUGACUUAGAUUUGCAAAAAGAUGACGAGGAUGCCAGAGAUGCAUUGGUCAAAAAAUUUGGUGCUCAGAAUGUAGCUCGGCGGAUUGAAUUCCGAAAGAAGUAAUUGGCAAGACAAUGAGGAAAGAAAAAAGAUGUGGCAAGAGAGGUUAAAAAAAAAUUUUUGUCAACGUUGUCUUUGGAACUGACACUUGUCUUCUGACCAAUGCUGCCAUUGCUCUAUGAGUCUUAGAUGUUGUAGCCAAGCAGAGUUGUGUAGGAGGAUAAAAGUAAAAGACAUUUGACAUAUUUAGAGUUGUCCCUGGCAGUAUCAGUAUGUUCAUAAAGGGAAAUCCACACCAGACAGAGGUUGGUCUUUGUAGUAGUAAUCCUUUUCUGAAUGGAACCCUUGCUAUAUAUAUUGGUUUCAGGAGCUAGUGACAGAGUCAAAGGAGGAAAAUAAAGAGCCUCUAUCCUUUGGCAGAAACUCUUCUAGAUUAUGAUAG